AUGCUUUGCCCGAGAGGUCACGCUACCACUUCCGAAGGAAGGAAGCUUGGCCUCUUCUCCAGGCGUUACUGCGAUGUUUGUGGAGAGAAGGUGUCUCGCCGAGGCGGAGUUUACCAUGAAUGCGCUGCUGGCUGCGACUUCCGCGUUUGCAGCAUAUGCAAGAAGGAGGCCGAGAAGAGCAACUACUUUGUGGAACCGUGCACAUUCACCUUUCCUGGUGGGCUUGGUCCGUUUAGUAUUCAACGAACAGGCCUCGAAGGCUCGGAUCUCUUCCGCAGCGAUCCGCGACGCGGCGGGGCUUGGAUCUUGCGGGACACAUUCUUCCAACGCGGUCGGAGUCUUCGAAGAUGCUGGCAAGCCUUGAGAGAGAAUGGGGUUGCGCUAGAACUGCCACAAGGGGGCACGGGUAUUGCGGUGGACCUUUCGCCGAUUGCUCCGACCAAACUGUGUUCAGAAGUGCGCAAGGCAAGCCGUAUCCCUGACGUACCCGGCGUUCUGCUGGCUUGGAUGUAUGCUCUACAACUUGAGUGGCACAUCAUUUUAGGUGAUUCUGAAAGGGAAGAAGACGGCACGGCAGCGGACUGGUCGUUUCUGACGGUUGGUGGAUUUGUUCUCCUGCAGGAGGAUGAGAACUCACAGCUAAAAGUGUUGUGUGCAAACUCCGUAUCUUUUCACCCAAGUGGUCCUAUGCAGUUCUCAGCUCCGCAGCCGUGGUGUUCUGAGUGGACUCGCAAGCUUGCCGAAGCCGGGCGCUUCCGGAAGGUCACUGUCCAAAAGUGGGCCGGUGCUGGAGCUCGAUACCUUUGCUGGAUUUGCCCCGAGGAGAAGCUACUGAGACCCGGAGCUCGGCAUGGGGGUUUCGUCUUCCUUUUCCACGAGCUCGAUGAGGAGGACACGAGCGGCAGGGAUCGCUUUUUCGAAGUCGUUGGGGCGCCUGUGACCAGCGAAGCCCGCACCCUCGAGCUCCUUUCUCAAAUUCCAAAGAGGUCUUCGCAGCCCGAGGUUCUGCAGUCAUCGGCCCUUCCUUUUCGAGUCGUCGGUGAAGCGCCUCCUGCAUCCUCCAAGCACAUGGAGGACCUGCGACAGCGCUGCUUUAAGGCCGCGUCGGACGGACGCUGGUCCCUCCUGGCGCACAUUCUGACGGAAUUCCCGGCGGUAGCACAAGCGCAAAACGAAGAAGGUCAGACAGUGCUGCACAAAAUAGCUGCUGGACGCCCAAAGACACGGCGCGCUACAGAACUCCUUCGCUUGAUCCAUUCGCAGGGUGGGAACCUUGAAGCGCAGGACACGUCUGGACAGAAGGCAUACAACCUGGGCGAUCAGAUCUUCCGAGCCCAAGCAUGUGAGAUUUGGGGUCUCGUUCCUGACCUCUUUGCUGACCCAGAGGUUUGGUUCGAUUAUUGGGAUGCGAACAAAGAUGGACAUCUGUCUCCUGAGGAGUUAGUGCCUGCCUUGGCAGCUGCCUACCAAGUAGGUGAGCUUGGCAGACAGUGGAUUGAAAGCUAUGUGAACACUCAUUACCGUGAGAUGGCUGCGCUCGACCCGAAUGCUCUCCUCACCAAGUCUGCUUUUCUUGGCAACGAAGGUCUGCUACACAAGCUGCAGUCCAGUGAGGAGUUUAUUAGUUUGCGUGGGCAAGAAGACAGUCCUGGAAAGAAGAUGCCAGCGUUGUUUAAGACGGAAGGUCGCAAGAAGCCUACCGAAGCCGACAAGGAGGCAGUAAAGAAGUUCUCCAAGGCUUUGGAAGAUCUUCGGGCCAAGAAUGGGUGGAACAGAGCUGGGAAUGCAGCACCCUCCCAUGCAAGACUUUUGGAAGUGUCUGGUCCUUUCCCUGGUGGGGACUCGGAUCCAGAACAUCGCAUGAAGGCAGCCAGGCAGAUGUUGGCCUGGUCGUUUGCGAAAACAACUGCCAGAAGCGGCAAGGAAUGGAUGCACGGCUUCAAGAUACAGUUCACUGGCGACGAUGCUGGCAUUGACCAUGGUGGACUCACAAAACGCUGGGUGCAGGAAGUGGGUCAUGCCUUGUGGGCAAGUGAGGAGUUCUUUGAUACGAAAGCUUCAGGCAGUUUCUUCAAGCCCGACAGCACUACCGACAUGCGUAUUCACGCGUUCCAUGUCAAGGCUGAGUCCUUGUACAGAUGGGUGGGCCGCUUUCUCGCCUACUCUUUGUAUCAGGGCUGCGUGUUGGACUGUGCUCUGAGUCCCUGGGCCUUGCGAUGGCUGAUGCGGGUAAGUGAGACGCAAGCAGCUCUUCCCCCGAUUCUGGCAGCUGUGGCAGGGGACUGGCAAAGGGAGGGCGAGGACAGCCGCAUCGCUACCAUCUCUGGAAGGGUCCUUCUGAGCCAUGCAGAUGAGAACGGCUUGCCUCCACAGAUCGCUCUGCAAGUCUCAGAAUCAGGUGAUGCGCUGCAGGCAGAUUUCGAUGAAGAGUCCCUGACAGCCAGACUUGCAGGCGGUCGACUUCGCUGGAGCGAUGGCGAUGUGUGGGUUCGAUGCAUCGACUGCCCGGUACCUCGCCAUGCUGCCCUGCCGGUGUGGGAUGACACGCCGGCAGGUGACGACCAACUUUUGGAGGAUCUCGCGACAAUGGACCCUGCCUUUGCCAACAGCUUGUGGAGAGUCCGCUAUGAGAUGCCCGACGAAGACCUGCAAUGGCUCACCUUCUCCUACGCCGGCCGAGAGCUCGUUCCAGGAGGCGAUGACAUCGAAGUCUCUCCGGAGAAUAAGGCAGAGUAUGUCCGGCUUUGCUGCAAGGCAGCCUUGUUGUAUUCUUCUCAGAAGGCAUUGCAAGCAUUUAGCGAUGGAUUCUUCGAUGUCCUUCCUCCAAGCCUUUUCUAUGGAGCGCCUGCUGACGUUUUCCAGUGGCUCCUGCUUGGUGAUGCGCAGAUUUCGGAUGUGCAGAUCGAGAAGCUCGAGCAGGUUCUGGUGCCAGAUGGCCUGGUCCCAAAGCACCUCAAGGACACCAAAGAACUCCAGACAUCGUUGGCUUGGCUGUUCAAGAUCAUUCGCCGAGGGGACUCCAAGUUCAGGUCGAGGCUGUUGGAGUUCUGGACCGGGAGCGAGCGUUUGCCCCUGGGUGGCGUGGAAGCCAUCGAGCCCAAGCCCAGGCUGCAGGUGAUGAUCUCGCAAGAGAAGCCUCUUUUCAGUGCAAACUUCAUGUGGGAAGUGCAGCUGCCCAACAAUUCGUGGUCUGCCUAUAGCCCUGAAAUCAGCGGCAGCUUGAACAACACGCUCGAGGCCGGUUUGAGGAUGUUGGAACUCCAAGUGGGCCGAAACAUGUAUGUCAUAGACAUACGUGCCAAGGUUCAGGUCAAUCGCCGGACCGGCGACCGACGCAAAGUUCGACGCAGAAAGAUCGAUGUGGCAGCUGAUGAACGCACUGAAAUGGCGGUCGUGAAGAGGAUCGAAUCGUGGCCGGCAACACGCCUACCGGAAGGGCACACUUGCGGAAACGAGCUGUGGAUCCCACUCUGCGACUCCGAAGAAGACCUGGCUAGCAGCAGUGUUGAACGCAUGCUCCUGCAUUCAGCCCUUCGCUGUCUCCAUACCUCAGCCAUGACGGCUGGAUUACAUGGCCUUCGUCACUGGCUACUUCUCAGUUCCGUCUUCGAGCAGCUGUCGGCCAGCAGCAUCUCAGCGCAGGAUUCACAGAGGCCAAAGCGAGCCGCUGUGGUGGAUGCCUAUGGGUCGGCCACAAUGCCGGCCUUGAUGCGUCAGGAGGACCAAGAACUCGCGGAGACGCAUGAACACCGUCCAGUCGGUGUGGAUGGACUCUGGGCGAGGUUUUUUGGUGCCAGCGGUUCCUCGAUUGCGGAUGUGGUGAGAUCAUCUGCAGAUUCCGAAGAGAAUGGCACACGCUCCGUCGAGAGCAAUGCAAAAUCUUCUCAGCACAAUGCCAGCAAGCUUGCCAAUGCCACGCGUGACGCCCUUGCCAAGCUCAAGAAUUCCAACGUCUCGAAGCUGACUUUCUCGGAAGAGGACUGUGAGGACACCUGGCAGCCAGAGUGGAGCUCGAAAAGUCCGGGGGAGAACUGUGAAGAGUGGGCGCGAGAUGGUGAAUGGGGAGCUCUAUCGAGCGCAUCCUCCAUGAAAGGUGCUUGCAAAGGCGAAUGGGCCCAGGAGAACUGCAUGGCCACUUGUGGAUGUAAGGCGGUGCUGAGCAUGCAGCUCGACAAGGCGAUCCACGAAGCGGUGCAAAAUCUUGGCUACAGCUCUUCGAAGGACGCGGAGCUGCAAAACCUCUUGGAUGACAUGGAACCUGCUGCCAAGAGAUCUCUGAUGCACGUGCUGGCAAGCUCGGUAUCAUCCAAGAAUAGUACAACCGCGAGUCCGCGCACCAACACGUCCACCACGUCAACCACAACCAGUCCACCGGUCCAUGCACAUGCGAUUCUCGACGUGGUGUCGCAGAUGGGAUUUGAUUCCAAGCAGUCUGCUCAGCUCAAUGAAACACUGCAGCUCAUCGACCCGGACCACUACGAUGACAUUAUCGAAGUGCUGAAACUCAUCUGGAAAAUGCACAUCGGAACCUCUACUACUGGGCCGGUAUCAGAAGAGGAUGUCCUCGCAGCAGCUGCAGACGUGGGCUUGAAGAAAGAGGACAUCCUGUCUAUCAAUGCUACCCUUGAUGGCAUCAAGCCGGGGCUUCAUGACGAAAUCCUCAACGCGGUGAAUGAAACGGCUGGCCUCGCAAAGAGUAUUGGGGUUGAGAGGACCGGGAAAGCCAUUGUACGGCAUCUCCGCAAUCUUAGCAGGCCCAGCCGGCAGAACUUGCCGACAAAAGAUGAGCCGAACGAGUUCGUGAUCGAAGCAGCCACGCCAGAGUCACGCGAAGCGUAUCGCGAGAGGCAAGGGGAAGAUGCCCGCGGAUUUCAUUUCAAGGUAAGCCUUCCUGUGGAAAGAGUCGUGUCCUUCAUUGAGUCCAGGGCACAAGUUCAGAUCGAGGAUCCAAGGACCUUGAGUUUGGUCAUCGCCCGCCUGUCAUUCAGCUGGCCGAGACCCAGCUGCUCCAAUGAAGAAAGUGGCUUCACGGACUACCGCCUCUUGGACUUCCAUGCCGGAGAGGUCACGAACGAAGGAUCUGACUGUGGAGCGCUUGUCGCUGCAAGUGUGGACAGAGACGGGAAGACUCGGCUACCCAAGACGGGAUAUCAGGACUUGUUUUGGUUGGCGGGAAUGUUCGGCACCAAGUAUGUCAACACCACCGGUGGCGCAGAGGUGGCCGUGAAGGUCUCGCAGCUGGUCUUCCACGAAUUUCGGGAGAAUGGCGAUGUCAUCGAGUACAGUAUCUGUGGUCGAGGCUCGUUCGUUUGGAAGGACCAGCACUUCUAUCUCGGCUGCCCCACAGACCUUCCGCUGCAGAUCCUGCAUCCAGAUGGCUGCUUGGGGAGAGCUGUCAAGCUUUGCAAUGGCAAAGUACCAUCAGACGAUCCGGUUGUUCAAUCAAGAUGCUUUGAGGUUUGA